AUGCCUCAUAUAAGAUUUGCGACGAGGAGGUACCAGCUCAGCAAGCAAAUGGCUUUCCCUAGUAGGCCAAAUGCAGCUAGUCGGCGCCGCUGCAACUCUCGUCUUCCCUCCGUCUCCAUGUCGUCGAUCCAGGGCAUGGUCCUCGACCUCAGUGUGACCGGGUGCAAGAAGCUGCGGGACACGGAGUUCUUCUCACGCCAGGACCCCUACGUGAUCGUCGAGUAUGCCAGCACGAAGCUCCGCACAAGCACCUGCACAGAUGGGGGAAGGAACCCGUCCUUCGACGAGAAGUUCCAUAUACCACUCAUUGAUGGGCUCCGCGAACUGAAUGUCCUCGUUUGGAACAGCAACACUAUAAACAAGGAUGUCUUCAUUGGCAGCUGCAAGGUGCCGCUGAACAAGGUGCUCGCAUGCGGCUAUGAUGACGCCUCAUGGCCCCUCCAGACACGCCGUAUGAAGUCUGCCGGGGAAGUGAAACUCAUUAUGCAAUUUGAUGUCGCAGCAAUGCAGAACAAGAUGGGGGCCCAUUAUGCUCCUUCACUUAUAUGA